AUGCGUCCGGUCCGGUUGGGCGCUAAAAUAAGUGCGGAGAAAGAUCAAGGACAAGGACACACCGGGUCUGCAGACACGUCCUCCAGCGGGACGCAGAGUACUGCGAAACACACGGUUGUUGACGUUGUCCGGCUCCGAAAAGCAGCCAAAGUUCUGGAUCCGGAGGUCAUGGAGCAGGUGCCAGACACGUUCUUGAGCGAGGUGAAGAACCCCUGCUGGAACACCAGCAACGGGGAUUUCAGGUGUCUGCCGUAUUUCUACGUCACUGGCAUGUUUCACGCGGGAGCGAUGAGUAUCUCGACUAAGCUUAUGCAGCACCCGGACGUCGUGGUGGACGCAUGCUCGGGGUGCCAAUUCUGGGGCGAAGAGGGCAAGACGAUGGCAUUCUACCUAGAUAAUAUGAAGGAGGCUCCUAAGGCCAUUCGGCAGAACCCUGACACAAAGGUCCUUAUGGAUAGCUCAGCCUCCACGUUCGCAUUCUACUGGGCCGCGGCCGGUAAGGCCCACAGGGGCUAUGCGGAUGCCAUGAAGCCUUGCUAUCGCGCUUGCGUGGAGCUAUUCAAUACAGAAAAGGUUCCCGUGGGCACCUGCAUGUCACAAAGGUGCUACAACACAAGCGUGGCUGCGGACAGUAAGCGCGCCACUGACGCGGGUAUCGACUGGGAAACGGAAGCGCACAAUCCUUUGCUGGUCCGCGCUGUCUACGGCGACAAGAUGCCUAAAAUGAUCUUGGUCGCGCGCGACCCCAUCGCCCGUCUCUACUCGGCCUUCCACGGCUACCCUCACUACCAUGGGAAAUAUGGCAAAAGCAGCUCGGGCUUCACGGCAUAUGUAGAAGAGCAAGUGGCUGCCUUCCGGGCGUGCGCGCAGGACUUUGGGGAGGCUCCUUGUGCGCUGUACUUUGAGGCUCUGAGUCAUCGGGAGGAGCAGGUGUACUUCCACGCCGACCAGCUCAUGCGCGGCAUGUACGGCCUGUUCCUGGAGAUCUGGUACCGCUUCAUUCCCCCGUCGAACUGGAUGGUCGUGCAUUCGGAUGACCUGUUCCAACGACCCAAGGAGACCAUGGCCAAGCUUGUGGACUUUCUGGGCCUUACGAAGGUCGACGAUGCCACAUUGACGCGCAUGGCCAGCGCCGGGACGCCGCAAAGCUUCACCAGGGGGCAGGAGCCCGUGCAGCCGCGGGCACGGCAGCUCCUCAUGGAGCUAUACAAGCCGUACAACACCAAAUUAGCGCAGCUCACAGGCGACAGGCGAUAUGAGAAGUGGAACGAGCAACCUGCCAGUCAUUAA